AUGGCGGGAAUAGACCUACCGGAAGAUAUUAUAGAGAAAAUUUUCUCUAGGUUACCGGUCAAGUCCCUCAUCCGAUUGACUUGUGUCUCUAAGAAGUAUCAAAACCUCAUUUUGAAAGACCCGAAUUUCGCCAAAACCCAAUUUAAGUUGGCCUCGGGACACAGACUACUCAUACGUGAACUGGGAUCCCUAGACUUGGAUAUUCCCUCGUUUGACGACAUAGGAAAGCCGAAUUUCCGAUUCCUGCCACCAGAAGUUCCGUCCGAGAGUUUCGACUACGGGGACUACCAUGCUUUUGCCGGGGACUGUCGUGGCGUUGGAUACUUGUCCGCCACGGACGACUAUAAAGUUGCUGUAAACCACACUGUAAUAGACAAUGAGACGUAUGUAAUUGCGGCACGUUGGGUUCUGAUAUUCUCCUUGAGAGCUAGGGUUUGGAAAAAGAAUGGAAAAACCUGGCGACGAUUGAUUGAAGGUGAGGGGACUCUCUCGAAUAAGGCACUGCAUUGGCUACACCAGCUGGCUCAUAAAAUGGUUGUCUUUGAUUUGGCCGAAGAGGAGUUCACAAGUCAGUUAAAACAGCUGCCUGAUUUCGACCAAGAUGUGUCCAAUGGGCAUUUUCGCCGUCUUGGGGUCUCUGCUGGAGGAAGCCUAUGUGUGCUGUGUUAUCGGAGGGCUGUUUGUGAUUCUAUGGAUUUUUGGUUAAUGAGAGAAUAUGAAGUGGAAGACUCGUGGUCUAAGCUGGUUAACUUGAAAUUAUCGGAUCCUGAGCAGCAGCUAUUUGGGGAGAAGCGGCUAUUUGAUUAUUGGACAAGAUUCUUGGUUAUGAAAUGUUGCGCAAUUCUUAUAAACACUUACAACAAUGCAAUCAACUUUGUGAGAAUUGACUACAAAGAAGGGAAGCUUGACCGGUACAACAUUGAGGACAGUCACUGUACGCCUGGUUUUGGUACUAAAUAUGAGGAGACUUUACUUUGGAUCGAUGGUUAG